AUGUCCCCAGGCAGUAAAUUGGAGCCGCUAGAUAUAAAGGAUGUGGCCCAGGAUAUUCCCGCCACUUCACAAGGUCAGAAGAAAAUCGAAAUGCCGGUCGCUCAUGAGAAGGAGUCACAAGAUGAAAAGGUCUAUACAGCCGAAGACUUUGCUGUUGCGCCGUGUGUUCAGAACGAAAUCGAAAUACCAAUGACUUAUAUGGAUGCACAAGAAACGGAGGAUAUGGCUGAGGACCAAAAUGAUGCCUCUCAUGUUCUGAAGAAACUGCCGAUGCCGAGUACCAAAAAGUCGAACAAGGUGGCAAGAAAGAUGAAAUCUCUGAAGCGUUUAACUUUUGUGAGACCUGUGAAAGCUGCUGUAACACCGAAGAAACGCGGAAGAAAGGCGUCCGUCAUCAGAUGUCAUUGCAAAUUGUUGCACAGCGACGAAUUUAUGAUCCAAUGCGAUCGCUGCUUCCUGAAAUGCAUCUACGACGACGACUGCGAGAAAUUCCCGGAGAAACCGAGUCGCUGCGAAAAGUUCAGCCGGGGUGGUAACAUGAAAGAAAACGAAAGGAAGGAUCUGAGACGAGACACCGAGUUUGCCAAAGAGGAGGUUGAACGUGAAGAUAGGCGCGACCGACAUGGUAGAAUACUUUCUUCUCCGUAA